GCGCGCCGCGAUGGAGCACUCAUAAGUCGCUCGCCCGCUCUAAACCCAUGGACGCCCUCGCCGCGGAGAUCGCGAAAAAGAAGGCCCAGCUCGGCGGCGCCGGCGGCGCGAAGCGGCGCUGGGUCAAGACGGCGGACCUCGACCAGCAGCGGCGCCAGGCCGUCGAGGACGCCGCGGCGGGCAAGCGCGCGCGGAGCGACGCGCCGCCCCCGGCCGCGGCGCCCCGCGCGCGGGCGGGCAGCGUCGGCGAGGCGGACACGGCCGCGGCGAAGGUCGCCGGCCGCCUCGCGGUCCUCAAGGACCUGUCGCGCGACGACAUCUUCGCGCGGCUCCGCGCCUUGGGCGAGCCCGUGACGACCUUCGGCGAGGCCGACGGCGACCGCACGCGGCGCCUGGCGGCCCUCGAGGCGAGCGCGACGGGCGCCGACGAGGACGACUACCGCCUCGGCGGCGCCUACGCGAUCCGCAACACGUUCCUGAAGACGAACGCGGCGGGCACGCCGCGGGCGCGGCCCGAGGACGACGACGCGAGCGACGACUCCGGCGACGAGGACGAGUCGCCGGAGAAGGCGCCCGCGGCGGCGCGCGGCGCGGAGGCGAAGCCGCCGAGCGACUUCAAGAAGAUCCGGCGCUGGAUCCGGCGGCACCUGAAGUCGUGGGAAGCGACGCUCGUCGCGCGCGCGGACGCGGCGAAGCGCGCGCCCCAGGGCCGCGUGGAGACCAAGACCUACAAGCAGUGCAAGGACUACAUCCGGCCGCUGGUGAAGCUCUGCAAGAAGCGCGAGCUCAACGCGGGCCUCAAGGCGGCGCUCGUCGAGAUGAUCGACUUCUGCGAGGCGGGCGAGUUCGUCAAGGCCAACGACGCCUACAUCCUCGUCGCCAUCGGCAACAGCGCCUGGCCCAUCGGCGUCACGUCCGUCGGCAUCCACACGCGCACGGCCCGCGAGAACGUCGAGCAGAAGAACGUCGCCCACGUCAUGAACAACGAGAUGCAGCGCAAGUACCUCACGUCCAUGAAGCGCCUCAUGAAGUUCGCCCAGGACCAGCGGCCCGACGUCGCGCCCUCGAAGAAGGUGACGUAAGAGUCUAGAGGG